CAUGGCGUAUCCACAGACCUCGUUCAUCUACACCUCUCUCACCCCCGAGACUUUACUUGGCCAGCGCCGACGAGCCGUCGCAGCAAACACUCUUCAGUACCAGCUCGAUGUACUCAAGAAGACUGGACGCUACGAUGCGUUCAAGUUGAAAUGGCAUCCAGUGUACGAUUGCGCGCCAGAAGUGUGGCCCAUUCCAGACCAUCUCUUCUGGGACUCAGAUGUCGCAAAGUGGAUAGAGGGCGCUUGCUAUUUUCUACAACAAGAAUGCAUGCCAAGUAUUGCCGAUGCAGUGGACGAGCUGGUGGACAUGAUCAGAUCCGCUCAGCAGCCAGAUGGCUACUUGAACAUACACUACACUGUGGUCGACCCGGGCAACCGCUUCACGAAUCUCAAGGACAUGCAUGAACUUUACAACUGCGGGCACUUGAUUGAGGCUGCCCUAGCACAUCAUGCUCUUUACGACAACGAUCAGCUUCUGAGUCCCAUCUGCUCUUACGUGGAUCUUUUGUGCGAAACCUUCGGACCAGGUGCGGAACAAACGCAUGGCUAUCCUGGACACCCCGAGAUCGAGCUCGCUCUUCUCCGUCUUUAUGAACGCACUGGGGUCCAACGCUAUCUCUCACUGGCAAGAUACUUUAUCACAGAAAGAGGCAGUGCAACUGGUUGUGAUGGGAGACAUUACUUCGACGUGGAGGCUGAGAAGCGUGGGGCGGAUCCAAACAUGAAACCCGCUUUCUAUCCUGAGCCUCGCUCGCUAUGGUAUCACCAGGCACAUGCACCCAUCGCCGAGCAACAAACUAUCGAGGGCCACUCAGUUCGAGCCAUGUACCUCCUGACCAGUGUUGCGGAUCUUGUACGCAUUGACCAAGGUCAUUCCGAUUUACAGGCUGCGACGUACAAGUUGUGGAAUAACAUGGUCAAUCAGAAGAUGUACUCUACUGGUGGUAUUGGUGCUAUCAAGCAGUGGGAAGGCUUUGGUCUGGAUUACUUCUUGCCGCAAGGAAGCUCAGAAGGCGGUUGCUACUCGGAGACGUGCGCCGCGAUCGGAGUCAUGAUGCUGGCUCAAAGAUUGCUCCAGAUCGAUUUGGAAGGAAAAUUCACCGACAUCAUGGAAUUGUGUCUGUACAACGCCGUCCUGACCGCGAUGUCCACAGACGGCAAAAAGUUCACCUACGUCAAUCAACUGGCGUCAAGUGACGAGGAUCUUUCUCAACGCGAUGACUGGUUUACAGUCGCAUGUUGUCCACCGAACAUGUUGCGCCUGCUGGGAACUAUUGGUGGCUAUAUCUGGUCUUACCAGUCUAUAGCCACAGAGAAGAGAGCGCAGAUCGAUGUGCAUCUGUAUAUAGGUUCCAAGCUUGCUUUCGAGUGCGGCGAAAACACGAUAGCGCUCGAGCAAGAGACCAACUGGCCAUCUUCCGGAGAUGUGAAAUUCAAACUGCACUCCAACUCGGUCAAGGUCGACCUUCGGCUAAGGAUUCCAGGCUGGGCCGAGUCAUGGAAGAUCAUGCCAGAAUGUCCGAAUGCAGUCCUAAAGAAAGGAUAUCUUUCGGUUCCCUCUGACUGGCUGGGACAGCAUCCAGAAUUCAUCCUUUCCAUACCGCUCAAGGCUCGCAUAUUGGCUUCGCAUCCUCUCACUAAUCAGAGUACUGUCACGGUCGCCAGAGGUCCUGUGGUAUACUGUGUGGAAGACUUUGAUAACGCUUGGGUUCAAGACCACUUUGCACAUGUCCAAGAUAAGAGUUCAGGAGACUCGUUUGUUGCUCUCACAGUCACGCAUGGCGCUUCAGUCUUGAACACCGACGCUUUUGAAGAGACUCCAUUUCUGCUAGACGAUGGUCUUAGUAAAGGUACACCACUGCCGAGCCUCGAGUUCGUCCCAUACUACUUCCGCGCCAAUCGAGGAGGAAAAGGGCAUAUGCGCGUGGGCCUCAAGAGAGCGAUC